AUGGAGAAAAUUGUUGAGUCUCGAAAAUUGAAGCACAAAGCUCUCGAAAACCAAGUACGUGCCAAGCGGAAGAAAUUGAAAAAGAUGCCUACAAUCGCCAUUACCGACCUUGAUCCCAGUGAAAUUCCGCAUCACUUUAGCCUCACUCACUGUCCGCCCACCGAGUUCGAACUUUCCCCCAGCAAGACCGAACAGGCCUCCCUUCCUCCUCAUCUGGACUCUAUCCUCGCAGACUAUGACAUGGCAACCGGUGGAUCACCUAAAAAUGAGGCCCUGAUACGAUCUCGCAUUGAUGUGAUUAUCCUGACAACUCUGGUUAAGAUGAAGCGCGAGUUUCUUGCAAAGCCCCGUACCUCCGUUACCUCCUCAUCACUCAAGUCUGUUCACCUUCAAUUCGAACGCGAGAUAAAAUUCGUUUGGAAAAGCGGUAAACGACGAGUGAGACUUGCCGGCAUCGUUGACUACUCGCUUUGGUAUGGUAUGCCUAACGACUACGCCACUAAUAUGGCCAUGGUCGAGGCAACGCAACCCCACUUAAUUAAGCAGGGCGUAUUCCAGUGUCUUGCCUACAUGGCAAUGAUCCACAAGACGAGGAAGCAGGCCAACGUUCCAGACACGUCAGUGUAUGGAAUCGCAACGGACAGUUUCGAGUGGGUGUUUAUCAGGAUUCGCCCAAAUGGGGAGUAUGUCAAGAAGUCCUACGAAUGGGCGCUCAGUUCGCAAGAGAUUGUUUCGAUGCUGGCAAAAAUUUUCGCUCAAGCUGCGGGAUUCGAUCCCCAGACCGGCCACAAAGGGUAG